AAUUCAAAAAUGUUGUUGUUGAUUUGUAAAUUGUAGGUUUUUUGCGAGUUCUUAGCUGUUUCCUUGAGCAAUUUAUCUAUGAAAGUAGACAACGUACAAAUGCUAGUAGACUCUCAAGAUGAAUUUAAGCGAUCCAGAGUUGGAGUUAGUUGACCCGACUCCAAAUGUUCACUCUCUAUUUCUACAUUUCGAUCAAGUAUUUUUCUGGACCAAGUUAGCCAGCAGAGCUGUGGUCCGCUGGAGUAAACGGAUGUACUCAUGCGCAGGUAUUUGCUCGUAUGACAGAGGAGGCUUAUGUGACAUAGCCCUGAGUGAACCAUUACUCAAGCUGAGGCCUCGUAAAGAUCUAAUUGAGACCCUUCUACAUGAGAUGAUCCACGCCUACCUCUUUGUCACAUGCAGGGACCAAGAUAGAGAUGGGCAUGGUCCAAACUUUAAAGAGCAUAUGUACAGAAUUAAUAAAGCUGCUGGACUCAAUAUAAGCAUUUAUCAUGAUUUCCAUGAUGAGGUAGAACUGUACAAAACCCAUUGGUGGCGUUGUAAUGGACCAUGCCACACUAUGAAACCACAUUUUGGAAUCGUGCGGCGCUCUACCAACAGAGCCCCUGGACCAUCAGAGUACUGGUGGAAAGCUCACCAAAGAAGGUGUGGAGGUAACUUUGUAAAAAUCAAAGAACCAGAAAAUUAUGGAAAGGAUAAAAAGAAACGAGCAUCUCCUAAUCCUUGUGGUGAUAUCACAAAAUAUAUUAACACAACUAUUAAUAAUAAUAAUAAUAACAACGAUAAACUUUCAAAACCAGUUCUUAAAGAGUCUAAUAAUGUACCCGUAAAAUCUAAUUUAAUUACAAAAAGCAACAGUAGUAAUACCAUAGUGGUAACUAAAAGAAACAACGUUAUUUAUAAUCCUAAAGCUACAAAAACUAAUGUCAUAGUAUUUAGCGGUAAAGGUAACACUAUUAACGAUAAAAGCAGCACUAGCGCUGUAGAUGUUGCUGAAACUGUAAGAAACGUUUGGGCUAAUAAGCAGUUAACACCUAGCACAAAUGCUAAAAAUUAUACCAAGAACCAAGUGCCGAGUAGAAAUAUUGUUUCUACUAACAUACCUAAUACAAGUAAACAUAAAGCAGAUACAGAAAUGUUUUCACCACCUAGCAAAAUUAAAAAAAUAGAUGAUUACUUUAAAACAUCCGCUACCUCAUUAUUAAAAGAUUUGUAUGGUAAAGAUUUUGAAAUUAAAGAAACUAAUAGGAAUAAAAGAUUUUCAGUUGUGCCUGCCGAUACAAAUUUAGUCACUUGCCCAGUUUGUAAUAGAGAAAUAAAUACUGAGAAAAUAAAUAUACAUUUGGAUGAAUGUUUAAAUAAUGAGGUAAUUGGAAAUAUGAAACAAAAUGAUGAUUUUAAGCUUAAGAUAGAUAUUAAGUCGGAAAAUAAUAAAUUAAAGCAUAACGUUGAUACCCGGAUAUCUUUAGAUAAUAUGGAACAGAAAUCCGUAAACAUCAAAAAAGAAAAUGAAAAGGUUGGAAAUACUAAAACUGAAAUAAGUUCUGAAGUAACAGAUUGGGAUACAAUUGUUGAUAUUAACAAAACCGAUGUACCAAAAAUUAAAAUAGAACCGGGAACUAGUCAAAAAACAGAUGCUAUCAUAAUUAUAAACGACCAAAAAUGCCCAUGCUGUGGAAAUAUAGUUAGUAAAUCAAUAAAUGAACAUCUAGAGGAAUGCUUAGCCUUUUUUGAUAAUAAUACUACAAUGCCCACAGAAGGUACUUCAACAAGUUUUACCAAUAAUACAAUCGUUAUUGACGAUGACGAUGAUAUUUUUGAUGAAUCUUUAACGCUUAAUGCGACUGGUACCAAAUCGCCAUGUCCGUGUUGUUUAAAAAUGAUUGAACAAAAUGAUAUGAACGAUCAUUUAGACUUAUGUUUGAGUUAAAUUAUUGAUUGGUUAUCGUCAUACGGUCUUCUGUUUAAAACUUCCAAUAAAUUAAUACGUAAAAACUUAUAUUUGCUGUAAAACAUAGAAUUGAAGCAAUACAAACAUUUUGAAUCAAACAUAAUAAUAGAAAUAGAAGAUACAGGUAAAAUACAAAUGUGUGCAUACAUAAGGAAUGGAUUGAUUAAAAACGAUAAAAAAACUUAGAAAUAAAAAUAAGAGUAUUAUUUGAUCUUCGGAAACUAGCAGUUGUGUAAUGGCAGCAUCAUCGAUAGUUAUGCUUUCACAUUCCCUCCCAGAUCAAGUACUGGUUAAAAUAAGCCAUUAAAGUUGCCUUUCAUAAGUAGAAAAAAGUUCCAUAAAUAAAGCAUAACUGUAAUCGCGAUAGACGCAAUGGUUCGCAAUCGAUACACGGAAUCGAAAAUAUUUUCAGGUGGUUCAUAUUCCGUUAGGAUAUUAUUAGAUGCUUUUUAGACUGGUGGUGUUGACGCAAACAAAACUCUAAACUGAACAAAAUUAUCAUAUCUAGAUGUAGUGCCAUCUAUUAAACUACGUUUUUUCUGGUAAAGGAUAGAAUCUCUUUUAGACCUGUCAGUUUAGUUGAGUUAUGAGAUAUGCGCGAAACAGGAUUGGUACCAAUGUGUGUUUAUUGUGUUUGAUAGAAACAGAAUUUAAUUUAAGUAUUGUUUUGUAAGUUAUUUUUUUUUAAUUUUUAAUUUAUACCUAUCUAUUAAGUUUGAAGAAUAUAAUGAUUAUUUAUUACAACAAUUAAUAUAA